UCACAGAGAUAGGUCAUGGCCCGUCCCCGAAACCCUAGUCUCUAUGAUGCUCCGGAGGCCGGAAGUGGCGCUGGGUCCCUCCAGCGGCCAGGGGCGGGCUGCCUGGGCGCAGAGUCCGGCGGGGAGUCAAUGGCUGGAGCUGCAGGGGGGCGCCCGUCCGUGUGGGGCAUCUACAGCUCCAUGGAGUAUGGGCCUGCCCCAGAGGGGGCGGGGCCUGCCCAGGCCUGGCUGGAGACUCACGGUCGAAGCUUUGGGCACUUCGUGGAUGGCAAAUGGUUGAAGCCGGAAGGGAGAGAAACCGCCAGCAGCACCAAUCCAGCCACCGGGGAGCUGCUGGCCACCACCCUCCAGGGGGCGCCGGAGGAUGUCGAAGCUGCCGUCCAAGCUGCCGCGAAAGCCUUCGAAGCCUGGAGUCGCCUGCCGUGCCACGCCCGAGCCCGACACCUGCACAACAUGGCCCGGACCAUCCAAAAACACCAGCGCCUGCUGGCACUCCUGGAGAGCCUGGACACCGGCAAGCCCAUCGGGGAAGCCCGGGACCGGGACCUGCCCCUGGUCGUGCGACAUUUCUACCACCACACCGGCUGGGCCCAGCUCAUGGGCACCGAGAUGGGGGGCUGGAAGCCCCUGGGGGUGGUCGCUGCCGUGGUUACCUGGAAUUCCCCAUUGCUGUCGCUGGCCUGGAAAAUCUGCCCAGCUCUAGCCAUGGGGAACACCGUGGUUCUCCUCCCACCCCCCCGUGCCCGGCUCUCUGCCCUGCUGCUGGCCGAGCUGGGGGCCCAGGCCGGGCUGCCCCCAGGGGUGCUGAAUGUGCUGACGGGGGAGGGGGCGCUGGCCGGGGGGCUGGCUGCCCACCCCGGGGUGGAUGCUGUGGCCCUGGCUGGCUCCGUGGAGGUGGGGCGCUCGCUGCGCCGUGCCACGGCCGGCAGGGGCCCCCGGCUCUCGCUGCAGCUGGGGGGUGACACCCUGGCCAUCGUCUUCGACUCGGCCGACCUGGAUGGAGCUGCCGUGGGGCUGAGCAAUGCCGUGAGCUGCCAGCGGGGCCCGGCUCCCGGCGCCGGGGCGCUGCUGCUGGUGCAGGAGGCCGUGGCCGGGGCGCUGCUGCAGCGGCUGAGGGCGCGGCUGGGGAAGCUGCGUGUCGGGGACCCGCUGGACAAGGCCAUGGACGGGGGGGCCCUGGCAGACGAAGCCCAGCGGGGCGCCAUAGAGGCCUACGUGGAGGAGGCCCGGGCAGAGGGGGCUGAGAUCUUCCAGGCGUGGGCAGCGCUCCCGGCCCGAGGGCCCUUCUACCCCCCGACUAUGAUCACCGGAGUGGCCACCACCUCGCGCUGCGUCCGGGAGGAGAUCCUUGGGCCGGUGCUGGUGGUCCUGUCCUUCCGGACCGCCAAGGAGGCCGUGGCACUGGGGAACAACCGCCCCUCCGGGCUGGCAGCCAGCGUCUGGACCGAGAACCUGCCCCUGGCCAUGGAGGUGGCGCAAAGCCUGCAUGUCGGCACCGUCUGGAUCAAUGGGCAGAACCUGUUUGACGCGGCCGCGGGCGUCGGGGGAACCAAGGAGAGUGGGAACGGCUGGGAUGGAGGCAAGGAGGGUCUGUACGAGUAUGUCAGACCGAGCUGGCAGAGCCGGCCCCGGCCAGGCCCCGCGGAGCUGGACUACAAAACGUUUGCUGCGUCCUCUGGGGCCGCCCCGCCCCCCGUUCCCGGGCACAGUGGGGUCGCCCGCCCCGAACUGGAGGAAAACAUGCCAAGGGUGGACAGGACCUACAAGCUCUACUACGGAGGGGCUCAGAAGCGACCCGAGGGAAUGGCCUCGCUCCCCGUCCUCGACCCUGCCGGCAACGUGCUGGCGUACGUGGCGGACGGCAGCGCCAAGGACAUCCGUAACGCUGUGGAGGCUGCUCACAAGGCCGCGCCGGGGUGGGGGAAGCGGGCGGCCCACGCCCGGGCGCAAGUGCUGUACUACGUGGCGGAGAACCUGGAGCUGCGGCGGGAGGAGGUGGCGUCCAGGCUGGGGGCGCUGACCGGGGCCCCCCCCAAGGAGGCACAGCGGGAGGUGGACCUGGCCCUGGAGCGCCUCUUCCACUGGGCGGCCUUCUGUGAUAAAUCCGGGGGCGCCGUGCAGGAAACCCCCCUGCACGGCACCACCCUGCAGCUCCGCCAGCCCCUGGGCGUCGUGGGGGUCGCCUGCCCGGACGAGCGCCCCCUGCUCAGUUUCCUCAGUCUGCUGGCCCCCGCCGUGGCCCGGGGAAACGCCGUGGUGAUGGUCCCCAGCUCACGCUACCCGCUGCCCGCCCUGGACCUCUGCCAGAUCUUCGACACCUCGGACGUCCCCGGGGGGGUGGUGAAUAUUGUGACGGGGAAUCGGGACCAUCUGAGCCGGACGCUGGCCCAGCACCAGGAUGUUCACGCCAUGUGGUACUUCGGGUCUCCGCAGGGCUCCCAAUUUGUGGAAUGGGCCUCGGCCGGUAACCUGAAGCGGACCUGGGUGAGCCAUGGGGCCCCCCGGCGGUGGGAGGACCCCGCCCAGGGGGCAGGUGAGGAGUUUCUGUACCAGGCCACCCAGUGUAAGAACAUCUGGAUCCCCAUGGGGGAGAUCUUUGCCAACUGAAGCCGGGGGUCCCCACCCCGAACCACGCAGCCCGAGGGCUAUAAUAAAAAGGCUUUGGUAUUGUUUAA